GGUGUCAUUCUCAGCGGCAAUCUUCGUUUUUUUGUUGUUGAUUUUUUAUUAGUUUAAACUUACCUGCGGGUAGCAGUUAGUUGGCUGUUUUUUUCUCAUUUUGAUUCAUUACUGCAGUUCUUUUUUAUACUUUUUUUGUGUUGAAACUAACUCUGCUGCCGCUAACGAUGAAAGGUUGAUGAGCUUUGACGCAUGUAAGGACGAUAUUCAUCGUCUUUGUGUCAAGGAAGGUGUCGAUCUAAAGAAUGAUUUGUCAAUCAUUGAAUGUCUUCAAGAUGCAGGGCAAACUGAAUCUGCAACCCUUGCCAGGCAAUGUGAGGAUCUUGUUUGGCAAUUCAAGCUAAAACUUACUCAAGAUGAGCGAUUUACUAAUGCUGCAAAGGAGUACUGCAAAGAAGAGAUGGCAAAAAUCCCAGCAAUGGCAAAAUGUGCUGAACUAACGCAACCUGGGUAUGCGAUUAGUUGUUUGUUUGAUUUCAUCCCGAACGUUACAACCACAUCACAGUGCCAUGCUUUCUUGCAACGCACUGAGAGAUUGGCUUUUUCGGAUUUUCGCCUUAUUGGUCCCUUUGUUGACAAAUGUGGACCUACGUUGAGCAAGCUGGGAUGUGAAACGUUAACACCAUACAACGCCCAUAAAGGAGUGAGAGUUCCUCAUACACAAGGGAUGGCUUUAGAAUGUUUGAUCAGCAAAGUAGUCAAACAGUCGAAAGAACUCGCUGAUCCACUUCAUUUGCUUGAUGCGGCGUGUAGACAUGAGGUGAUGCGACUUGCUGAAAUGCAAACUGAUGAUUUUCAUUUGGACAGACCGAUGUUCUUCGCAUGUAGAGAGGAUAGAGAGCGUUUCUGCAAAGAUGUUCCAUCCGGUCAAGGCAAGAUAUUUGAAUGUCUUAUGAUGAAUAGAAACAAUCAAUUUAUGCGGCCUGAGUGCGCGAACAUUCUGGCUGAGCGCGCAUACAUGAUGGGACGUGAUUAUCGCAUGGCACAUCCACUUGUGAAAGCAUGCGAGAGGGAAAUGCAGGAUUACAAAUGUCGGCCUCAAAGUCAACUUGAAGCAGCUGCGGAUUUCCACCUCGCUUGGAUUCUGUUGUGUUUGGAAAAUACAGCUUAUAAUCAUUUCUCUUUAAAAUUUGCACUUUCUUAUUUCGUUGUUCAGAAUACGAAUCCACCUUCAAUGUCAUGCCAGCAUGAAAUGGUGAAACACCGUCAGAUGAUGCUGACAGAAUUCCGCAUGUCUCCUGAGUUAGUGAUGCGCUGUUCGACUGAAAUUGACAGGUGGUGUAGUCCCAAAGGAGACAUAGAAGCGGAAGGACGUACACUACAUUGUUUGAUGGAACAUGCUUCGAAUUUACAACUUGGGCCUCAGUGUAUGCAAGCAGUCAAGGAAGUGAUUAAAGUUGCUGAUAUCGGCUCAAACUACAAAGUGGACAAGGUUUUGUACGGAUCAUGUAGAACAUUAAUUGAUGGAGUUUGUGCUCGCGACGCUAGCUCGGAGGCAGCGACGUUGACAUGUUUAAUGAGGCAUGUAGAUAGUUCAGACAUGAAUCCGGUAUGCGAGAAGCGACUGCUCGAAGUGCAAUAUUUCAUGGCUAGAGAUUGGUCACUGGAUCCACAACUUUACAUGGCUUGCCACGAUGAGGCUGUGAGGAGGUGUCAUGCGAACGAAAAUUGGCAUAUUCGAAAUAAUGCCGGUCCCGUUGGACCUGAUCCAGGGCCAGCUGUGCUUGCUUGUCUCUACAGAUCUGCCUAUGAUGAAACUGAACCACUUUCGAAGAAGUGUGGCACUGAAGUGAGACGAGUGCUACACACACGUGCUGUUCGUGUAAACCUUAUUCCGGACAUCGAAGAUGCGUGUCGUGACGCCCUGUCUGAGUACUGCUCGCGUAAUGUACUGCCCAUGGAGGAGAUGAACUGCUUGCAAGAGAACUUCGAAAAGAAAGAAUUCAUGAGAAAGCAUCAGCUUUGUUAUAAGGAGAUCGUACGUUUCACAGAAAUGGAAGCGAAGGACACGAAGCUAAACAGAGCUCUCACAAAAGCUUGUCGUCCCGUAAUAGUUGCUCACUGUGAGCAAUUUGCUAAUGAGGAUAUUGACCAUGGUUCAGUGAUGGAAUGCCUUCUAAACAACAAGGACCAACCUGAAAUGACAUCGAAGUGUCGAUCAUAUGUGAAUCAUUUCGAAUUGGUGUCUUUGCGGGAUUACCACUUCUCGUACAAAUUCCAGAAAGCUUGUGCUGCUGACAUAGACAAGCACUGUCGUGAUCAUGGAAACGACAAGGGUGAGAUCAUCAGAUGUUUGUCAGAAGUGCGAUUCGAGCACAAGGUUUUGGGAACGAGUGCCGAUUUGUCAGAACCAUGCAAACGUCAGCUUAAGGUCGCAUAUUUGCAACAAGAACAGGUAGAAUUCGAUGAUAAGGAACACAUGGCUGAUGCGGAUCCUAUCCUUUCUGAGAAAUGUGCUCGAGAGAUUCGUCAGUUCAGUUGCAACCAAGCGGAAUCUUUUGAAGACACUGUAGAGUGCCUCAGGGUCAACUUCGAUGGAUUAGGUCCCGAAUGUAAAUCAAUGGUGUUCUAUCGUGAAAAAAUAGAAGCAAUAGAUAAUUCGAUGGAUGAUGAACUUCAGAAAAAGUGCAAACAUGACAUCCAAAAGUUCUGUCCUGGACAAAAUGGCGAGCAUGUUUUGGAUUGUUUGACGAACACAAAAGUCGUUCGAUUACUGCAGCAGGACUGCAAGGCUAUUGUGAAGGAACGCAUGCGAGAAGCGUCGAGAGACGUGCGUCUACGACCAGCGCUUCUAUUGGCAUGCAAAUCAGAGGCUGAAACAUAUUGCCCUGAGGAGAUGAGAAAGAUCAAAAUGCCACAAUAUGCGCAAAAGAUGCUCUCAGGAGUCGUGGUGAGCUGCCUUCGUGAGAAGUAUCGAGAGUCGGCUCAUAACCAAAUUGAACUUGGAGCACAAUGCAAACAAGAGAUUACGAAAGCAAUAGUUGAAGCAGAGUUCGAUCCUCGUCUCGAUCCACCACUCUUCGAUGCAUGCCAGGAGAUCAUCAAAUUGCACUGUUCUUCUACAAUAAUUGAACGUAGCGGAAAAUUUGAAACCGUUCUCGAAUGUCUCAAAGCAGAUUAUUACAAAGGUGCAAUAUUGGAUAAACGAUGUGGCAAGGAGCUGGCUCGUCGUAUCGAGGAGACAAUGGUCGAUAUUCACCUCGAUCCCGCACUUCAUGAAGCGUGCUCUGUAGAUGUGAAGCGAUUCUGCUCGGAUGUGGUGCCAGGUCAUAGUCGAGUAAUUAUGUGUCUAAUGGAUGCGGUUGACAGCUCUAAAGACGAAAUGACACCUGAUUGUCGAAAUAAGCUCAUAGAUCGGAAUAAAUUGUGGAUGAAAGCCCAUGUAGUAAGUGAUUUUCAAAUGACGCUGCCACAAAAUUGGGCUGAGCUGUACUUCACCGUGGCAAACCAUCCGAAUAAGGUUUCAAUUCUCGGAUGGUUCGCUGGAAUUGUGUUCUUCAUCUUAUUGAUAGGAUGCUGCUGUGGUCGAGCGUCAAAACGUGCUUACAGAGAAUUGAAAAACAAAUAA